AUGCGGUUCGUAGAGUUGAGCGAGAAUUUCCAAUAUAGAGAUGUUCCCGAUGAUUAUGUGGAGCUGUCCUUAUUUCCGUUCUCACUGAUUGGCGAAGUGAGGGAAUGGUUGACGAAUCUACCUGUAGGUUCUAUCGCUUCUUGGGAGAUAUUAUCAAAUAAGUUUAUCGACAGGUUCUUCUCACCCAAGCAAACAAGGGAGCUGCGACGAAGAAUUGCUAACCUCACUCAGAGGGAUUCCGAAUCUCUGCCACACGCUUGGGAAAGGUAUAAGGGCUAUCUGCGAGAUUGCACCCAUCACAUGCAGCCAAAGGAGAUCAUUGGCAACUAUUUCGUAGAAAGACUUAACCAUGAAUCAAGGGCCCUGUUGAAUGCUUCAGCUCAAGGGCAGAUCUUAAACAAAACAUAUGAAGAGAUGGAAGAUCUCCUUGAGAUGAUGUCUGAGGGUCAUCAUGAAUAUCAUGAGACUAGCCGGGUUACCACAAAAAGCAUUGGGGUUCUUAAAGUUGAUGAUGUUGCAGCUAUUCGGGCUGAUAUAGGUACUCUUACUAACGUGAUGUUGAGGGUGUUUCCUCAAGCUCAGCAGAUUCAACCAGUUCAACAUAUUCAGCAGGCAGCAUGUGUAGGUUGCGGUGAACCUCAUGAUUAUAACAAUUAUCCAUUGAAUCCAGAGUCCGUUUAUUUUGUGGGACAGCAAAAUUGUGGUAGCGGAAAUCGGGGAAACUAUUAUGGAACUAAUUACAACACUCCAUUUGGGAAGCAGGAUUUCCACAAAUCGAACAAUUAUCAACAACCUCAAGCUCAGCCAGCUAGCAAUUUAGAGGAGAUGAUGAAACAGCUCAUUGCUCAGAAUCAAGUGACGCAGCAGCAAAAUCAGAAAAUUCAGAGUGAGAUGCAGAAAUCUAUUCAAGAGCUUGAGCGUCAGAUGGGGCGGAUGACUCUCUAUGCGAAUGUCGGACCUCCGGGUGCUCUUCCUAGUGAUACUGAAAAGAAUUCAAAAGAAUGCAAGGCAGUCACCUUGAGGAAUGGUAGAGAGCUAGAAGAAGUACACAUCAACAUACUUUUGGUGGAGCUUUUGCAAGAAGUCCCAAAAUAUGCUAAAUAUAUUAAAGAUGUAGUUGCGAACAAAUGGCGUUGGACAGAGUUUGAGACUGUUGCACUUACUGAGGAGUGCAGUUCUAGAGUGAGGAGUAAAAUUUCUCCAAAGUUGAAAGAUCCGGGCAGCUUCACAAUUUCGAUUACGAUUGGCAACAUUGAAGUUGGGCUAGCAUUGUGUGAUUUAGGUGCUAGUAUUAAUCUGAUGCCCACCUCUGUGUUCCGAACGUUGGGUUUGGGAGAGCCUAGGCCAACCAUUAUUACAUUGCAGUUGGCUGAUCGAUCUCUUGCUUAUCCUGAUGGCAUUAUUGAGGAUGUUCUUGUGAAGGUAGGCCCAUUUAUUCUGCCGGUUGAUUUUGUGAUACUUGAUUAUGAGGCAGAUAAGAGUGUUCCUCUCAUGCGGGGAGAGAAUUCUUGGCUACUUGUUGAUGCUUUGUGA